AUGACUACGACCAUAUCUAGACCCUUGCAUGUUGAUGCUGCCAUGCAGACGGACGCGCACUCUUUUACAAUUACUCACCUCCUCGUGGAUGCAGCAGUGUCAACAGAGGACUUAGAAGUUAGUGGGGUUAAUGCCAGUCUCCAAGUCGAUGACGGAUGGAAGGCACUGGAUGGAAUUCCCUGUAUCAUGGGUGGUAUAGCAGCCCUCGCUGCGUCUGUCGGUGGCACCCUGCAUGGCCGCACUCAAAACGACUUCCCCUGGAAAACUCUCCCAAAGGAACUUGCUCGGCUCGGAUGUUGCCUUGUGAACUAUCCGGACGAGACUUUGAUGCCUGGCGAGACUCGACCCACACUCACUCGGACCAAAGGAAUACAUGAUUUGACCCUCCGUCAUCGUGCUAAUCUGGUCAACGCUCUCAAGACAGGCGCCCUCACUAUUCGAGCCGUCACAAGUGAUGCUGGCCGCACACGCCUCACAAUGUCCAAAGACCCGAUUAUCAUUGGAGAGGCACCGUCACAUCAUUCCAUCCACCCUCGCGGUCGACGUGCAUUCGCUGACGGUAACAUUGACCGAAAGGGUCUUCGCCGUCUCCCCUCACCUCCUGCCACACCUUCUACUCGCUCUGCUUCACCUUCUACUCGUCCUGCUAUACCUCCUCAUCCUACUGCACCUCCUCAUCCUACUGCACCUUCUCAUUCUGCUCUUCCUGCUAGUCGUCGUCGCGUUCAAGUUUUUGUAGAGAUCUCACGUCCACCACCCCGGCCAGCCUCUAGAUCUGUGCCUAAAUCAACACCACCAUUGUCACGCCCGCCACCCCAGCUGGCUUCUAGAGCUGUGCACAAAUCAACAUGGCCCAACGUUGCUCACACUGAUGAUCUUAUCCCACCAAUAUCGUUUGUGGAGCGGUCUACAUCUGAUGAUGAAAGUGUUGCCGUGGAUGAGGACCAGUAUAUUAGUGAGAGUGAUUGUCGCCCUACCAAGCGUCUCAGACGUUGA